UUUCUCGGCGUCCGGCCCGGCGAUGGGCUCCUCGAAGCGGCACCGGGAACGGGGCGAGGCCUCGGAGGACCCCGCGCCGCCGCCCUCCUCCUCCUCCGGCGGCGGCGGCGGCGGCGGCGGCGCCGCGUCCUCCUCCUCGUCCUCCUCCCGCCACCGGGAGCACAAGAAGCACAAGCACCGGAGCAGCGGCGGAGGGAGCGGGAGCGAGCGGCGGAGCAAGCGCAGCCGGAGCCGCGGCGAGCGCAGCAGCCGGCGGGGCGGCGGCGAGGAGGCGUCCUCCUCUUCGCGGAGCAGCCGCGCGGCCGCCGCCGCGAGCCAAGAGGCCGAAACGGGCAGGCGGAUCAAGCGGGAGAAGCGCGACGACGGAUACGAGGCCGCGCAGAACUCAGCUUCUGGCUCAAAGUCCACCUCAGGAGAUGCUUCCCUCAGCAUUGAGGAGACAAACAAGCUCCGAGCCAAACUUGGGCUGAAGCCCCUGGAGAUAAACACCAUCAAAAAGGAAACGGGCAGCAAGGAGGAUCCGGUGGCAGCCGAGGUGAUCAACCCGAUCGUGCUGAAGCAGCGUGAGGAGAUCCGGGAGAAGUUGGCUGCUGCCAAGGAGAAGCGUCUCCUCAACCAGAAGCUGGGAAAGAUCAAGUCACUGGGUGAAGAUGACCCCUGGCUGGAUGACACGGCCGCCUGGAUCGAGAGGAGCCGGAAGCUGCAGCAAGAGAAGGAGAUGGCUGAGAAGCGGGCCAAGCUCUUGGAGGAGAUGGACCAGGAGUUUGGCAUCAGCAGCCUCGUGGAGGAGGAAUUUGGGCAGAAGAAGGAGGAGAGCUACGGUUCACGAGACCUGAAGGGCCUGACGGUGGAGCACACCAUCGAUUCUUUCCGGGAAGGGGAGACAGUCAUCCUGACCCUCAAAGACAAAGGUGUGUUGGAGGAGGAGGGAGGCGACGUCCUGGUGAAUGUCAACCUAGUAGACACAGAGAAGGCCAAGAAGAACGUGGAGCUGCGCAAGAAGAAACCAGACUGCAGGCCCUACGAGGAGGAGGAGAGCGUGGACGACAUGGUGGUCCUCAAGCACAAGGGCAUCCUGUCCAAGUACGACGAGGAGAUCGAAGGGGAGAAGAAGAAGUCCUUCAGGCUGGACUCCGCGGGGAUGGCCGACGGGUCUUGGGAGCGGGAGCUGCAGCAGAUUCGGGACAGCCUGCACAGUCGGGCCCAGACCCUGGAUGUGCCCAGCCUCCGCCUGGCCUCGGAGUACUUCACCCCGGAAGAGAUGAGCGCCACGUUCAAGAAGACGAAGCGGCGCGUGAAGAAGAUCCGCAAGAAGGAGAAGCCGGUGAAGGCCGACGAUCUUCUGCCGCUGCCCAGCGACAGAGGCGGCGGGGACUUUGGCUCCAGGGCCCGUGUUCGGGGGAGAAGGAAGACUGCCCCAGAGGAGGAGGAAGGGGAGGAAAAUGAGGAGGGGUACCCCGAGCACAGCAGAAACGGGGGCACGGAGCAGCUGCCCCCGUCGGACGACAUCCGGGUGGAAAGGAUGGACAUCAGCAGUGAGGAUGAGGAUGGCCUGGAGGGCCCAGACCACCCAGCUGUCCUGGAGGAAGAUGAGGCCGAGCAGGAGCUCCAGAAGCAGCUGGAGAAGGGGCGGAAACUGAGGCAGAUCCAGCAGCUGAAGGAUAGUGGGGAAAAGGUCAUCGAGAUUGUGAAGAAGCUGGAGACCGGCCGGAGCCAGGAGGAUGAUGAGGAGCUGGAGAGGAAGGGGGCCAUUGUCUUCAAUGCCACCUCCGAAUUCUGCCGCACGCUGGGCGAGAUCCCCACCUACGGACUGGCCGGCAACCGCGAGGAUCAGGAAGAGCUCAUGGACUUUGAGAGAGAUGAGGAGAGAUCGGCCAACGGGGGCUCCGACUCGGAUGGGGAGGAGAACAUUGGGUGGAGCACGGUCAACCUGGAUGAGGAGAAGCAGCAGCAGGACUUCUCAGCGUCAUCCACCACCAUCUUGGACGAAGAGCCCAUUGUCAACCGGGGCCUGGCCGCUGCCCUGAUGCUCUGCCAAAACAAGGGCCUGCUGGAGACCACGGUGCAGAAGGUGGCGCGGGUGAAGGCCCCCAACAAGUCCCUGCCCUCAGCCGUCUACUGCAUCGAGGACAAGAUGGCCAUCGAUGACAAGUACAGCCGGCGGGAGGAGUACCGUGGCUUCACGCAGGACUUCAAGGAGAAGGAUGGGUACAAGCCAGACGUAAAAAUAGAGUAUGUGGACGAGACGGGCCGCAAGCUCACCCCCAAGGAGGCAUUCCGGCAGCUCUCUCACCGCUUCCACGGCAAGGGCUCCGGCAAGAUGAAGACGGAACGGCGCAUGAAGAAGCUGGACGAGGAGGCGCUCUUGAAGAAGAUGAGCUCCAGCGACACCCCGCUGGGCACCGUGGCGCUGCUGCAGGAGAAGCAGAAGGCCCAGAAGACGCCCUACAUUGUGCUCAGCGGCAGUGGCAAGAGCAUGAAUGCAAACACCAUCACCAAGUGAAAUUCCCGGUUCCCACGCUGGCAAACGCCUGCCGCUCCUGCUGGGGUUGGAUGGUGCGGUUCUGUGGGUGACCUGCAUCCUUUGCUCCUCUCAGGGUUCCUGUUCAGUGUGGACCUGGGCCUGCUUUGUACAUAGUUCUGGAACUGAGAAUUUUAGCACCAAGUGUCUCCUUUUGUAUCUAUAUGUGAAACCAAAUAGCUUGAGUAAAACGUAGAUGUUUCCUCACUCA